UAUCGCGGCCGGCCGGUUUCUCUGCUUCACGGGAGCGCAGUAUCAGGCGGAAGCCGCCAACCUCGCCACCGCCGCACCCACAUGCGCUCGCCUUCCACUGUUUGGCCGCACACCUACAAACAAGGCCCUCCUUUCCCUGGCUUGUCCCGCUAUCGCCCCGCUUCCGCCCGCUGGCCGCUGUCCGUCAGCUCUCGCGCUACCGGCUGCGGGAUAAGGCAAGCUUGUCGCUCGCCUUGGUGGUGUGCUUCCAGUUCCAGCCACCAGCGCUAGCUUCCUCUGCGUUGCACGUCGGAAAUGGAUUCCUCUAGCAGAGGCAUCCGCUUCCUCGUCCACCGCCGCGCGCUGCUGCUGCUGCUGCUCGUCGCGUCGUCGUCCCUCGUCGGCACAUCGCGUGGCAGGGAGGCGCAGCCGCUGCCCGCGGCGGCGGCCACGGCCCUCGGCAGCAGGCGGUCGCCGGAGCGGCACGGCCUGGCGCUGGACUUCUACGCCAGGACGUGCCCCGCUGUCGACCAGAUCGUCGCCAACGUCACCGCCGCCCAGUACAGGGACUUCCCCGCCGCCGGACCCGCCGUGCUCCGCCUCUUCCACCACGACUGCUUCGUGGAAGGGUGUGACGCGUCCAUUUUGAUCGCGCCGACGGCCGACGCGGCCGCGCCCGCGCGCCCGCCGCCACCCAGGGUGGAGCGCGACAUGGAGGAGAACAGGAACCUGCCGCAGGAGGCGUUCGACACGGUGGAGCUCGCCAAGGCUGCCGUGGAGAGCAAGUGCCCCGGGAUCGUCUCCUGCGCCGACGUCCUCGCCCUCGCCGCCCGAGACUACGUCCAGCUGGUGGGUGGGCCGUACUACGCGGUGAAGAAGGGCCGGAAGGACAGCAAGGUGUCCCUGGCGGGGAAGGUCCGCGGCAGCCUGCCGCGGGCCAACUCGACGGUGGACGAGCUCCUGCGCGUGUUCGCGGGCAAGGGCCUGGGCGCGGCGGACCUGGUGGCGCUCUCCGGCGCGCACACCGUCGGGUUCGCGCACUGCGUCCACGUGCUGGGCCGCAUCUACGACUUCCGCGGCACGCGGCGGCCGGACCCGGUCAUGGACGCCCGCCUCGUGAAGGCGCUCCGCAUGUCGUGCCCGUCGUCGGGCGGCAGCGCCCGCGUCGUGGUGCCCUUCGACGUCAGCACGCCCUUCCAGUUCGACCACGCCUACUACGCCAACCUGCAGGCCAGGCUGGGCCUGCUGGCCUCCGACCAGGCGCUGUUCCUGGACGCGCGCACCAGGCCGCUCGUGCAGGACCUCGCCGCCAACAAGACCCGCUUCUUCCAGGCGUUCGUGGCCAGCAUGGACCGGAUGGGCUCCAUCCGGAUCAAGAAGGGGAGGAAAGGAGAGGUCAGGAAAGUCUGUAGCCAGCACCUGUUUUCAGCCUGAUCUGCGUCUGCAUUCAGCAGCAUGCGUCCGUACGUCGUCGUCGGUGUCAGCUCAUCAGCGUGCCAGCACCAGCAUACACACGGGACUAGCUCGUUCGUGGUUACUACGUUUGGGGCCUCGCGUUGCGUGAUUAGAGCUAUCUUUGAUGCAUGUGACGGCAGUUUAGUUUAGAGAGGAGUAGCUUGGCCAUUGGUUUUAGGGUCGCGUGUGUUUGUGCAAGAAAAUGUGUAAUUGUGUAUGCAUGCAACUAUGCAAGUACAGUGUUCUGUUGUGUGUUUUUUAUUUAGGCGUGCCUAGGAAUUUAUACGAGCAUGCCGGCUAUGCUAGUUUGUCUGUGUGACAUUCCAUCUGUUUGAUUAUAUUGAAAAACUGCAUGAUGCAGAGCACAAUAGGCACGUAGCGGCCUAGGCUA